AUGACUGUCAGCUUCUUCUCGGCUACGGAUCCAAAGGUUCAUCGUCAUCUUCGCUCGCGCGUCUCCGGCGCUUAUUCGAUGACUUCAAUUCUUGCCAUGGAGACUCUGGUCCAGAAAGUCGCAGACGAAUGUUGGCAACAGUUCGGCCGAUUCGCUGAUUCAGGAGAGCCUAUACCCAUGCAUCAGUGGGCAAAUUACUUUGCUUUUGACGUGGUGGGACAGCUCGCCAUGGGCGGAAAAUUGGGAUUCAUCGAGCAAGGCCGAGACGUCGGUGGCAUCAUUGGGUCCAUCCACGACGGGUUCUACCUCAUGGCAAAUAUGGGAAACGUGCCUCUGCAGAUGUUCUGGUUCAACAACAGGCUGGCUCAGUGGGCGAUAAAGAGCUUUGGAGGAACGCGAAUGAACGCAUUCUCAGUCUUCCUCGAGUGGCUCGAAAAGCGAGUGGAUGAGCGACUAAACAACGGGCUAGGGGAUCGACGGCGGGAUAUGCUUCAACGCUUUGUUGAAGCUAAAGACGUGAGAGGACAUCCUGUCAAAAAGGGCGAUGUCAUGAUUGAAGGCGUUAAUAUUCUGGGAGCCGGAGCGGAUACCACUACCAUCGGAAUCUUGGCCAUCCUCGGUGCUCUACUUCUCCACUCGGAACAGAAAGAGCGCCUGCAAAGGGAGAUUGAGGAAGCUUACCAAAAGCUUGGGCUGGGUGACGGCCUGGAAAUCGGCUUCAAGGAGGCGGAAAAAUUGCCGUUUCUCUCUGCUGUCAUCAAGGAGAGCACAAGGCUUCAUCCAUCCAUUCAAUAUCAGUUGCCGCGGUAUGUUCCUAAAGGUGGUAUUCAAAUCGGCCCGUAUUACCUGCCGGUAGGAACCUGUUGUGGUAUAAGUCCUGCGUCGAUGAACAGAUCAAAGGAUAUUUUUGGGGAUGAUGCCGACGAAUGGAGGCCGGACCGUUGGAUCGCAAGCAGCAAAGAGGAAGAGAGAGCUAUCAAGGAGAGAAAUUUACUUCUAACCACUUUUGGGAUGGGAAACCGAAGCUGUGUUGGGAAGAAUCUUGCCACUGUGGAGAUGUAUAAGUUCACCGCUCAGUUUUUCCGCCACUUCGAUGCCGAAUUAGUAAACCAUGAGCAACCUUGGGUUACAAAAACCCAGUGGUUCGCUCUCCAGACGAAAUUUUGGAUCAAGGUCAGCCGGAGGAAGCCCAAGACUUCCGAACCCGACAGUGGCAAUGACAGCCUGGUCUCGUGA